AAAUAAAAGGUCCAAAAGUAAUUUCUUUGUUUGCCACGUGGGACCUAAACAUGCCCGAGGUGUGCAUAGGGUUUAGAUAAUUUCCUAUUCGAAAUAUUUGUUUCAAUUUAUUCUGGCCCCAUUGCUAUUUGUUGCUAAAAUCUUCCAUCUCAUAAUUAUAUAUAGAUUAGGAUAUGUUUAUGUUAUUAAUUCACAUGCAAGUGCACGUGACACGAAACCUUUCUUGAAACAAUGGUAAAUGAUACUUACAUUCUUUACGCACUUUCCUCCUUCAGUGGAAAUAUAUUUUGACGCGCUUAUUUACGAUCCAAACCUGUUGUGUGUCUUGCAUCUAUCAAAGGUAGAUGCAAAAGGCACUUCUUUUCAAAGGCAUUUCUUCAGCAGGGUGUGAGGAGACUACAUGCACCCAAUUCCAAAACCUCAACGGAGCGCGAAUGCAUUUAGUGUUAUAAUUUUAGACAUUGUACAAAUUGUUGCUAUUCGGCAUGACCUAAUCAGCUAUAGAAACACGGAGAGGAGAGAUGCUUCGUGCGUAAAAGACCUGUUGGAGAUGGGUAAAGCGCGCCGGGAGAGUCAAACCCUGUGUGCUAAACCAUUUGGGCACCGGCUGCAUCGGGUCGUUCAGUGCGUAAAAGCAGAUUGUUGAAGUAUGUCUGGAGCUGUGCAUUAAUACGUUCACAUACGUACUCUGUGCUCACCCCGUGCGCGUUAAAGAUGGAUUACCUUUCUUUCCGUAAAUGGUGCGCAAAAAGGACGACUGGACACAGAAGUAUAAUUUCAGAAAAAUCGUGGAAAGUUCAUUCAGAGGUGGACCUAUUUUUCAGUGGAGAAGCUUAACAGAUCUUCAACACAAUGGCAUUGUUUAACAGCACUGAGUGGCUGUGGAAUAACUCCAUUGACCAUACUGUUAUCCUGGGAAACUCAAGUUUGACACCGGAGAUCGAAUCGAAAAGAAAUUACUAUGCAAUGCUCUACUCCCUGCUUAUUCUGGCUAUUGUGUUUGGCAACGUUCUAGUGUGCAUUGCUGUGGUUCGAGAGCGGACUCUUCAAACUACCACCAACUACCUGGUGGUUAGUUUGGCAGUAGCUGAUCUUCUGGUUGCCUCACUGGUCAUGCCCUGGGUUGUCUAUUUAGAAGUGGUGGGCGGAGCCUGGCUCUUCAGUCGCUUGUACUGUAAUGUGUUUGUAACCCUGGAUGUGAUGAUGUGCACUGCCAGUAUACUCAACCUAUGUGCCAUCAGCAUUGACAGGUACACAGCCGUGGUGAUGCCUGUGUUGUACAACACCACCCACAGCUCCCGAAAACGAGUUUCAGUCAUGAUUGCUACAGUUUGGGUCCUCGCCUUCGCAGUAUCCUGUCCCCUAUUGUUUGGAUUCAACACUACAGAUGAUCCUUCAGUGUGCUCGAUUUCAAAUCCCGAUUUCGUUAUCUAUUCCUCCGUGGUGUCAUUUUACCUGCCUUUCAUGGUGACCCUUUUGGUCUACGUGCGCAUCUACAUCUUCCUUAGAAGGAGAAGGAAGCGAAUUACUUUCCGUCAAGGAAGCGGCAAAGUGCAGCCAGUCUCAGUGUCACCACUAGCGGAGACUUGUUUACAAGACAUCGCUCAUAAAGAAAAAAGAGAUCUGUCCCCCAUCAAGAUCAAUGUGAUAAAUGAAAGUACAGAGCAGGCUCUUCACCCCCAGCUCUUCACCAGAUGCCCGUGGCGCAAACGGCCUCAAACCGCCCCUGCCGAUAACUCACCGCUGCCCCCUGUGGUCACGCUGAACUACUGCAGCAUCAGCCAAGCAUCUUUCGCUCAGACUGAUCAAGAUGCAAACCGUGAGGAAGUUGGUGAAGGUGAGCAGGUGACAAUUAAGAGCUGCGAGGUGAAAAAGUUGUCAAAUGGAGCCACACACACUACCCUGUAUCCACCACGGCCCCCUCGUGUCAUGGUGUGCCCUAGUCAGAUGCGCUGUAGGAGUAUGCACGCCAAGGAAAAGAAAGCCACACAGAUGCUGGCCAUCGUUCUAGGGAUCUUUCUUAUUUGCUGGUUUCCAUUCUUUGUGACCCACAUCCUAAAUACUCACUGCAGGGCGUGUCAUGUUCCACCGGAGCUCUACAGCGCCUUCACCUGGCUCGGCUAUGUCAACAGUGCACUCAAUCCUGUCAUCUACACCACCUUCAACAUUGAGUUCAGACGAGCCUUCAUUAAAAUCCUGAGCUGCUAAAUCACUCGCACAUGAGGCUCAGUGGACUCCAGAUGGCUUCCAGACAUCAUGGGAUCUUUUUUGUGGGACAAAACUGGAUAGUGUGAAUGUAUUCAAGGUGACUUUACAUUCACAUUGCAUUUGGUGGAAAUGUUCCUAGUUGUCUAUAAUGGGGAAUAGAGUUCAGAUGAGAUUGUUUGGUUGAUUUUGAAAGGAUGGACCGGUGUGAGGACCAAACAACAAUUUGGAUUAAGCCACAUUCUGUUUUGGAUGUAGCUACUUAUUCACCUUCUACAACAAACCCAGAAAUGUCCUCUGGAGGUUUUUCUCAGCAUCUUCUUGAUAUUCUGAGGUCAUCAUGUCUUUGCAUGUGUCACCUUCAAAUUGAGGAAAAGUGAGGUUUGCUGGAACCUCCUUUGAGAAUUUAUAUGCCCAUAAAGGCGAGUCACUCGACAAAAGGACCAUAAAGCAGGUGAACGUGAAGUAUAACCCCCA